AUGGCUCCUACUGAUCACCUCCAUGUCACUACACCACUGAGAGAAAGCAUCCCUCUCUCUAAGUUGGCAGGCACCAAGGUCUAUCUCAAACUGGAGUGCUCCCAGCCCGCAGCUUCUUUUAAGAUACGGGGCAUUGGGAAUUUCUGCAAAACGUGGGUGGAACGGGGGUGCAAGCAUUUCGUCACUUCCUCAGCUGGGAAUGCUGGCCUUGCGGUGGCCUACUCUGCCCGAAUGUUGGGGAUCCCAGCCACCAUCUAUGUCCCCUCCUGUACCCCAGCUUUCACUAUUGAGCGACUGAAGGAAGAAGGCAGCUCAGUGUAUGUUGAAGGAGAGAUAUUAGCAGACAGCACAAAAGCAGCUAUAGAGUUGGUGAAGAACAAUCCUGAGUGGGUUUAUGUGCCUCCAUUUGAUGAUCCCUUGAUUUGGGAAGGUCACAUGUCUCUGGUGAGGGAGAUAAAAGACCAGAUGGCCUCCAAACCUGGAGCCAUUGCCCUCUCUGUUGGAGGAGGGGGCAUGCUCUGUGGAGUGAUUCAAGGCCUACGAGAAGUGGGCUGGGAUGAUGUGCCGGUGGUUGCCUUGGAAACCAAAGGAGCUCAGAGCCUGAACGCUUCCUUGGCAGCUGGGAAGCUGGUGACACUUCCUCAAAUUACCAGUGUUGCUACGACUCUGGGGGUCAGUGUUGUGGCAGCAGAGACUUUGAAGCUGGCUCAGGAGCACCCGACUUUAUCGGUGGUGGUGACGGAUCAAGAAGCGGUGGAAGCGGUUGAAAAGUUUGUGGAUGACGAGAAGAUCCUCGUGGAGCCUGCUUGUGGGGCUGCCUUGGCCAUUGUCUACAGUGGAAAGGUCCAGAAGCUACAAGCAGAAGGCAAGCUGACACCCCAGCUGGACUCUCUCGUGGUGAUCGUGUGUGGAGGCAACAAUAUCACACUGGCCCAGUUAAAGCAUCUCAAGGCCCAGCUGGGCCUCUCAAAAGACGAGGAGCAGUGGGAUGAUGACGUGGAAGAGAGCCACAUUGCGAUGGCCAUGUGGUCUUCACGAAACAAAGGCGGCCAUUUUCGGGCUUCGUUCCAGACCCACCAUCAACCCUACGCUUAUUAA